CGCGAGCCUGCGAUACCUAACCAGCCUCAUCACCCUGGCUUCCGGGGAUGAUGCCUCCUACCGAUAUGGACAGUCUCAGUCCAUGUUGCUGUCUCGGAGCCUGCAACGGAGCUGGUGUGGUCGUGUUGCACCACAGCCUUGCCUCUCUUCAUCUAUAUCAACAGCCCUCCUCCUCCCUUUGGCUUCUCAGUCGCCGUUAAAAACACAACAGCUUUCAUAGAGCAUCACUGACACAAACCACAAUUUAUGCCACCUGGAAGUCUCCGAUGGCGUCCACCCUGAUGUCAAGGAGCAUCUUGCGCAGACAGUCAACAUCGCGUAACCUGUCGUGCGCAUUUUUGUGUUUAGCGCUCUUUAGCCCGACAACCUUCGCCCUAAACUUCUCUGUCGAGUGCAGAGACCGGGUCUACUCCAUUCUCAACGGAUCCGGCGACCCAUAUGGUAACCUGACAGAAGAAGACCUGUACCGGAACAAGUGGAUUUACGAAGGCCACGUACGAAAUCUCAACGAUGAGGUCAGAUACAACAGGAGCAUCUACAUCGCCAUAACGCUUGAAGGCUGCAAAAACCUCUGCCAUUCCCCCAUCGAGUGGUAUCUCACACAAAACCCUCCAACCCAGUCCUUCAACAUCGCAGCGAACUGGAUCCUCCCAAUCCUAGCUCUAGUGGCCUGUCUUCCCUUUGACUCGCUGCACCGGCGUGCACCAGGAUCACGAUGGCACGACGGACGGAUACUUACGACACUUAAAGCGAUCCUCAAUUGGCUCGGUUCACCACCUACCAGUCUCACAGCCACUCUGUGGAACGUCUACCAGAUCCGUCAAUGCAAAUACUACACCUUCUCGUCCGCAGGCUCCCACAACCAGGCCAACCGCCGACUUGAAUACUCAAAAGCCACCUCCUAUUACAUCUUGAGCUGCAUCAACCAAUUUGAGUUACCCACGGAUGUAAAGGAAAGAGAGGACUUUGUGCGAGUUCUUACUUACGGCCUCUUCAAGCCCUUGGAAAAUCAGCCAAAUGGAGGUCAAGGCCAAAUCACUGAGGAGACAGGUCGACAAGCGGUGCUGUAUACAAGAGAGCUGCGCGAGGCACUGGCCUUUCAACUCCGCAUGUAUCGAAGGCGAGGUACAUAUCCCGCUGGUCUCAACAUCUGCGUCUUUCUAGGUGCGUUCGCCAUCUCCGUUGGCCUUGCCUUUGCGGACGUUCUUGGGGAAUACACCACGGCGCACUCACUUGCGUUGGGAUUAUUGGUGGGUUGGUUGCCGGUACUGGUGAUGUUUUGUAUCGUUGAUCGGAACCCCAUCUCCGGGAUAAGGAACAGGGUUCUUAUUCAACGAUGGCUGUGGGACGUUGAAGCUGUAAAACUCUGGGAGGAUGCAACCCGAAAAGGCCAACUCCCAAACCCGGAACCCGAGGUCGACUGGUGGGAUUCGUUGCUAUCACCUGUCCAUCCAUCAUCAGAACUCAGUGGGUAAUCGCAUAAACAUCCAUCCAGCAAACAUCAAGCCAUAGCAUCAAUAGAGGUAACAACCGAACCGAAAAAGCCCACCCAUAAAGGUAGUAGGUAACCACCGUACAAAAAUGUUAU